AUGAUACAACAAAUCGCCUCCGGUAGCACAUCAAUGGCUGCCGUCUCAGGAUGUGAACGGGAGAAUUCCGUUGACAAUCAGCCAGACCGAGCCAGCAUCGAUGAUCGGUCAAGCAAUAAAAUGUACGACGAGGAUGUGGAGAGCCGAAUGAUCCCAUUGGAGCGGCCAAGUCAUAAGGGAAGCAUCCGUGACAACACGCCGGACUCGAUUCUCAGGUUGAACAUUGGUGGAAGUAGUUACCGUAUUCGGACACGAUCCAUCAUCAAGUUCGGGCCAAAAACUUUGUUGGGUCGUUUCUGCCGCAUGAACCACGAACACCGUCGACAAUGGGCCGACUGGUACUUUGAGGACCAGGACGAGUAUUUUUUCGAACGAGUUCCCAGAUACUUUGACCCGAUCUACGAUUUCUAUGCCACUGGAAAACUGCAUGUUCCCAAGGAUUUGUGUUUUGACAAAUUCAUGGCCGAGCUCCGUUUCUGGGCUGUCUCGAAAUCGCGAAUGGAUGAGUGUUGCUCACCAUUUGCUCAGUAUUGUGUCACGAUGGGUGGGGACCCAAAGUAUACGGAAAAGGAUCAUUUCAUUGGCGUCCGAUGCGCCAACAUUCGUCGCCGGCUAUGGUUGAUUCUUGAGGGGCAUUCGCAGAGUAAAUGGUGGAAGGCUUUCGAAGUGAUUUCCACGGCAUUCGUCGUUCUCUCCAUCUCUGCUCUGAUCCUUGGAUCGAUUCCAGAAUUCCAAGUUCCCCAGAAAUCAGAAGACGGUCAAUUGGUGUAUGCAACUGCCACGUAUCCAACAUAUCCGAAUGGUGGAGGACAGACAAUUGAAAGUCGAACAGUUGUGAGGGAUGUGGCGGAUAAUUCGGUGGAAAUGACUGAGCAUCCAGUGUUCACUUGGGUUGAAAACGUCUGUGUCAUUUAUUUCUCAAUCGAAUACGCGAUGCGAUUUAUUGUGGCACCAAGAAAGCUCGCGUUCGCUCGUCAAAUCCUCAACGUUAUCGAUCUCUUGUCGAUUGCUCCAUUCUAUUUUGAACUUCUUCUUUGGAUUUGUGGAAUCAGUGGAGAAAAUGUUCGAAAAGUCAGAUGGGCGUUCCUCACUGUCCGUCUUCUUCGUGUUCUUCGUGUCAUCAGAAUUGCUAAGCUGGGUCGAUUCUCGCCAGGUCUUGCCAACUUUGCUCUCACAAUCCGAAAAUCCAAAAAACAAAUGCAAAUGGUUGGAAUUGUUAUGAUGACUGUUGUAAUCUUCUUCUCAACUUUGAUUUAUUUCUUGGAGAGAGACGAACCUGGAACCAAAUUCACCAGUAUUCCAGCUACCUUCUGGUGGUGCGUUGUGACCAUGGCCACUGUCGGAUACGGAGAUCUUGUGCCAGUUACUGUAGCUGGAAAACUAGUCGGAAGUGGAGCCAUCGUAUGUGGAGUUAUGGUUCUGGCACUUCCAAUUACUAUCAUGGUCAACAAUUUCAUGCAAGUUGUCAAACUUCGCGAGGAGCAAAUUGUCAAAAAAUACGCACAGCAACAUGGAGACCAAGUCUAG